UGACUGCAUCAUCCUGAACCGGUCUAUAAAAUUCAUGUUUAACGGUACUUAUUGCUCCUUGCUAAAGAUUUUUUGUAAACUUUUUUCUUGAUUGAUUUGCAUAAUUUCACUUUCUUUGAGACUCAAAUCUUAGAUAUUUUUGUGUAGAAGCAUUAAUGAAUUUUUAUUCAAAUUGUUAGACUAAGAGGACUUCUUUAAUGUUUGAAAAAAUCACAUGAACUUUUAAAUAUAUGGCUAAUGUUAAAAAUAAAACCACUAUUUAUCAUGCAAAGUAAAUUUAUGUAUAUGAAAAUCAAAACAAAUACAUGUGCAAGGGGGAAUACAAUUAUAAUACAUAACGCGGUGUUAGAAAGAAGCAAACUAAAAAGGCAAUCUAGCUAUUCUUAAACUCAAUACUGACAACAAAAUAAAUAUAUACCAUUAUAAAAUCGUAAAAGGCAACAAAUAGUAAAUAAAAAAAUAGCAAAUUAAAAGUGUAGGACGUGUUUUUACAGGUCAUAUUAUGUAUACUUUAGAUUACGAUCUGCAUAAUCUAAUAAUAGAAGGGUUCAAGAUUAAAAAAAGUUAGAAUAUAAUCUUGUUCUUCUAAAUUAUAUUGAUAUACUAUAGCAAUCAUUCUCAGAAAUCUCUUUACAGAUUUGGAUAGGAUUUCAUGCAGAAACAACUUGGUGUAUUUCACAUGAAGACAUUUCCCACUUCUAUAUAUAAAUUGGCGAAAUGACUUCAAGAUUCAUCCGUUCGAUUUCUUACUCAAGGUGUGAUGGGAAGAGUGAAAAUGAGAUGAAUAACGGGGAUGAAGAUAGUAAAUACCCUCUUGUGAGUAUUUUAAGUAUGCGAGGAGGAGAUGGACACAAUAGCUACUCCACCAACUCUCUUCUUCAGAGAAGAGUUUUAUCAAUGACCAAGCCCAUCCUGGUUAAAAACACUAAAGAAAUGAUGAAAAACUUGGACUUUCCUAAAUGCCUUAAACUAGCCGAUUUGGGCUGUUCUUCAGGACAGAACACGUUCACGGUCAUGUCUGAUAUCGUUAACACAAUCAUUGCGUUAUGUGAAGAAAGCAACAAAAACCCUCUAGAGAUAGAUUGUUGUCUGAACGAUCUCUCUGGUAAUGAUUUCAACAUGACAUUCAAGUUCCUAACCUUCUUCAACGAUAAGCUCACAAGCAAAAUACCAUGCUUUGUCUCUGGAGUACCUGGUUCCUUUUACUCAAGGCUUUUUCCUCGCAAGAGUCUCCAUUUCGUUCAUUCAAACUACAGUCUUCAUUACCUCUCUAAGGUUCCCGACGGACUUGAGAAGAACAAGAUGAGUGUGUACAUAACAGGUUCAAGUCUUCCAAGUGAACACAAGGCUUACCUGAAUCAGUUCCAGAAAGAUUUUACGACAUUUCUAAGAAUGCGUUCCGAAGAAAUGGUAUCUAAUGGACGCAUGGUUCUCACAUUAAUCGGCAGGAAAACUCUUGAUGAUCCACUAUACAGGGAUUGUUGUCAUUGGUUGACAUUGUUAUCCGAUUCUCUGCGUGACCUAGUCUUCGAGGGUCUUGUGAGUGCAUCAAAGGUGAGUUCGUUCAAGGUGCCGUUUUAUGAUCCUAACGGAGACGAAGUGAAAGAACUAAUUAGAAAUGAGGGUUCAUUCAUGGUAAACGACUUGGAGACACAUAUAUUUGAUCUCGGUCUUAGUAACGAAGAAUAUGGCUUGCAAUCAGAUAGAGCAAAAGCAGGGGAAAAAGAAGCUAAUUGCAUCAGAGCAGUGACUGAAACAAUGCUUGUAGCUCACUUUGGAGAUGCCAUUAAUAUCGCUACAUUGUUUGAAAAAUAUGCACAUCAUGUGUCGCAGCAUGCUAGCUGCAAGAACAAAACGUCUGUCAGUCUAGUCGUUUCGCUGAUUCGGAAAUAAAUUUUAUUUUGUAACC